AUGCCGACAGCAGCAGCAGCAACAGCAGCAACGGCGACGCCGACGCCGCCGCCGCAGGAGGACGAGGGCAAGUACCGGUCCAGCUGGUCCGUGGCCGGUUCGGCGGAGCGCAACUCGGGACCCAUCGCCGAGACGCUGGCUCCGCUGCUGCCCGCACCGCCGGCCGGCUCAGCAGGACAACACGAGCAAAGGCGACGGCCACUGGUGCUCGAGCUGUCUUCCGGGUUCGGGCACCAGAUCUCGACGCUGGCAUCUCGAGCGACCCACGUCGACUUCCAGCCCACCGAGGCCGACGCCUACCUCUGCUCCCGCAUCGACUCGACCUGCUCCGCCUCGCCCAACGUCAAGCGGGCGCAGGUGCUCGAUGUCCUCGAGCAGCAGGCCUGGUUGGGCCUCAUGCAUGCCGUCCCCUCGCUCUCCCAGGAGAGCCACGGUCACGACGACGACGGCGACGGAGCGUUUGAUGCCGUCGUCGUGUGCAACCUGACGCACGUGGCGCCGUGGUCCGUCACCGAGUCGCUGUUUGCGCACCUCGACCCGCGACUCACCUACCUCACCGAGUCCGGACAGAAGCCCAUCCUGCGGCGGCGCGGCUGGAUCGCCAUCUACGGCGCCUUCAACGAGCACGGCGGCUUCACCAGCGACGGCAACAGGCAGUUCGACGACACCAUCAAGGCGAGGAACCCGCAUUUUGGCCUGCGCGAUGUCCAGGGCGAGCUCGUGCCCCUCGCGCAGCGGCACGGCUUCGAGCUCCAGCAGCGCAUCGAGAUGCCCGCCGGCAACCUGAUGCUCAUCUUUGGUCUCGCGCAGCCGCAGUGA